AUGAGACGCGAUGAAUCUAUAAAGAGCAUAUCAAGGUAUUCUUCGCGCCGGCUGAGCGAACAACGCCCGGCGCUCACACUAGGCUUGCGGCAGAAUUCGCUCACUAUCAGCACACUUGCUCAGCAGGCCGCGUUCUUGGCUGAAAAGGCGAGGCAAACCGAAGUUGGGGACCCUAAUCAACAAGCGGCACCUAGUUCUUGGUGGAACCUAUUUAGAUUCGCGAAACCAUGGGAGCUACUCGUACUCCUACUGGGACUAAUUCUCGCCACAUUCAAUGGCCUGAUGGUGCCAGUUGGGGUGAUAGUGUAUGGCGAAUUUACGUCGCUACUAAUCGACCGGACUGUUAUGACUGGGACGUCUACCCCGGUUCUUUGCAUCGCGUGGUUUGGUGGGGGGCGGUCACUGACGAAUGCGACAGCGGAAGAGAAUCGCCUAGCGUUGAUUGAGGAUUCCGCUGCAUUUGGCCUCGGCUGCUUCGUCUUCUCAGUUAUACAGUUUAUCGUUGGUGCCCUUAGCGUCGACCUGUUCAACUAUACCGCUCUUAAACAGAUCAAUAGGCUAAAAGAAUGCUUCUUAAAAGCGAUAAUCCGUCAAGAUAUCACCUGGUACGACUUGAACCAGACUAUGAACUUUGCUACGAAAGUAUCCGAUGACGUGGAGAAAUAUCGGGAGGGUAUUAGCGAGAAAGUUCCAAUGCUGGUGUACCUAAUAAUGUCAUUUGUCACCGCUGUCCUCAUAUCCUUCGCGUACGGCUGGGAGUUGACACUUGUCAUUCUGUCAUGUGCACCUGUCAUUAUUGCUACUACAGCUGUCGUGGCGAAGAUACAAUCAUCGUUGACCACGCAAGAGCUUAAAGCUUAUAGUAUAGCCGGUGUUAUAGCAGAAGAGGUACUUUCUUCUAUUCGUACGGUCAUCGCGUUUGGGGGAGAGGAGAAGGAAAUAAGCAGGUAUUCACAACGGUUAGAACCCGCGAAGAAAAUGGGGGUACGAAAGGGUAUAUUCUCUGGGAUCGGGAGCGGUGUGAUGUGGUUCAUUAUAUAUGCGACGUAUGCACUCUCCUUUUGGUACGGAGUCGGUUUGAUAUUGGAGAGUAGACAUGAAGAAAAUCCAGUGUAUACACCCGCAGUGUUAAUGAUUAUAUUCUUCAGCGUGCUCCAAGGCGCUCAGAAUGUUGGACUCACAGCCCCACAUUUAGAAGCAAUGACGAAUGCUAGAGCAUCUGCGGGAUCCAUUUUCGCUGUCCUCGACCGGAAGCCCGCGAUUGACAGCUUGUCGACGGAAGGUAGCCGACCGGAACUGAAUGGUGAUCUGGAACUGAAUAACGUGUACUUCAAAUAUCCAGCUCGGGCGGAUGUACAGGUGUUAAACGGUUUAAAUCUUAAAAUCAACCGCAACGAAACAGUGGCCCUUGUGGGGUCUAGUGGUAGCGGUAAAUCCACAGUUCUACAGCUCCUACAGCGAAUGUAUGACCCGGAAUCGGGUUCUGUGACCGCGUCGGGGCACGAUCUGAGGAAUAUUAACGUGAGACAUUACCGUGACCACAUCGCCGUGGUGGGGCAGGAGCCUGUGUUGUUUGCUGGAUCGAUAAAGGAGAAUAUACGGAUGAGUAAUCCAUCAUGUACAGAUCAAGAAAUUAUUAUAGCCGCAAAACAAGCUUAUUGCCAUAGCUUCAUUAAGAAUUUACCUGAAGGCUAUGAAACCAUGAUAGGUGAGCGCGGUGCCCAACUAUCGGGGGGUCAAAAGCAACGUAUAGCCAUUGCAAGGGCAUUGGUACGAAAGCCCAAAAUAUUGAUUUUGGACGAGGCAACUUCAGCUUUAGAUUCUCACAGUGAAGCCAAAGUACAGAUGGCUUUGGAUUCUGCUGCCCAUGGAAGGACCACCAUCAUGGUGAGCCACAGGUUAGCGACUGUAUUAAACGCAAAUCGUAUAGUUUUCAUCGAAAAGGGCGAGGUGAUUGAAGAAGGUACACACGAGGAACUUCUAGAAUUGAAGGGACGGUACUAUCAACUGGUUCUACAGAAUGAACCGAGUAUUGCUCCCAGUGGUAAUGAGGGCGGUUCACAGAAACCAGCUAACUUUGAUCCCACCGCAGAUACGAAGUUUCGUAGAGUGAAACUCCAGAAGUUGGAAUCAGUGGAUUCCAUCAAAAGUUCAUCAGCAGAAGAGGAUGAUACAAUCUCUGAGGACAGCGUAGUUGUAGAAAAUGAAAAGGUGGGGGAAUUCGAACCUACCACCUGGCAGAUACUAAAACUGUGUGAACCGGAAAAAUGGUGGAUGAUGAUGGGUAUUGGGGCAGCGGUGGCUGUUGGUUCCUCUUUUCCCUGCUUCGCUGUGCUCUUUGGUGAAACAUAUGGUUUACUGGAGAGCAAAGAUGAGGACUAUGUACGCUCAGGGACAAACUUGAUAGCGGUAUUGUUCCUAGUGGUUGGCGUGUACACGGGCAUCGGUAUAUUCUUCCAAAUAUUCAUAUUCAAUUUAACUGGUGUUAGACUCACAGAGAGGCUCAGAAUCGGUGCGUUCAGAGCGAUGUUACGACAAGAGAUGGGUUGGUUUGACAAUCCGUUGAACGGGGUUGGAGCACUCUGCGGACGUCUUGCUGCUGAUGCUGCAGCUGUUCAAGGGGCAACAGGUACCCGUAUCGGCGCUUUAAUGCAAGCAUCUGCGACAAUUUUCAUUGGAAUCAGUCUCUCCAUGUACUACACAUGGCAGAUGACCCUGGUAUCCCUGGUCUCCGUGCCAAUGGUCAUCAUUGCCGUUGUCUUGGAGAGUAGAGUCCUGGCUGAGGGCAUAGCGACAGUGCGAGAGGCUUCUAAUAGAGCGAACACCAUUGCUACUGAGGCGAUAACGAAUAUACGAACUGUGUCUGCCUUUUGCGGUGAAGAAGGCAUCUUAAACCGCUAUAAAGAGGCUGGGGCAAGCGCAAAUCAAGCAGCACGGAGCAGUAUGCGCUGGCGGGGUAUGGUCUUCUCGUUCGGGCAGACGGCGCCCGUAGCUGGGUAUGCCCUGUCCCUGUGGUAUGGAGGGGUUCUGGUUGCUAACAAGGAAGUGCCAUAUAAAGAUGUUAUCAAAGUAUCAGAAGCGCUGGUAUUCGGGGCGUGGAUGAUGGGCCAAGCUCUGGCGUUUGCGCCGAACUUCGGUGCGGCCGUGUGCGCAGCUGGCAGAGUUAUGACACUUAUUGAGAGACGGCCUAUAGUUGAAAGCACACAUGCGCCCUCUGUACCUGAGAAUUACGUAGCUCAGGGUAAAAUCCAAUACAAGAACAUAAAGUUCCGUUACCCCACUCGCCGUGAAGUUGAAGUACUACGAGGUCUCUCAUUAGUAAUUCCAAGUGGAAAAAGGGUGGCCUUGGUGGGGCCUAGUGGGUGUGGAAAAUCCACCCUUAUGCAAUUGCUUCAACGACUUUAUGAUCCGGAUGACGGCACUGUUUUUCUAGACGAUUACAGUAUCGUAAGUGACAUGCGACUUUCAACCUUACGCGGUAACUUGGGCAUAGUGUCACAAGAGCCAGUAUUAUUUGACCGUACUAUUGCUGAAAAUAUCGCGUAUGGAGACAACACGAGAACAGUGCCCAUAGAAGAAAUCGUUACUGCGGCUAAAUCCGCCAAUGUUCAUACAUUUAUUGCUGCAUUGCCUUCUGGUUACGAAACCCGUAUCGGCGCCCGCGCAUCCCAAUUGUCUGGUGGACAGAAACAACGCAUUGCCAUCGCACGCGCGUUGAUUAGAAACCCACGUGUUUUACUAUUGGAUGAAGCUACUUCGGCUCUUGACACUCACAGUGAAAAGGUAAUUUUGUGUGUGUAUAAAUUUCAUUAUGGAAAAAACGCUGUCGCGGCUGUACCAGUGGUUCAAGAAGCGUUAGACAGAGCCAGCGAAGGCCGAACAUGCCUGAUCAUAGCCCAUAGACUAGCGACAAUACAAAACGCAGAUAUGAUUUGCGUCAUCGACCGAGGAGUUGUCUCUGAAAUGGGAACCCAUCAAGAACUUAUAGCAUUAAAACGAAUUUAUGCAAGAUUAUAUGAACUCCAAUGCGGCUUUGUGGAGGAGAGCGAGGAAAAUCUGGACCAAUCUGCUUAA